AUGAAUGGUUGGAUAGGGGGAUUGAAACAGAUUCGAUUUCGCUCUUAUAGCCUAUUCGGAUUUCCCAUUCCCAUUCCCAUUCGGCCAGUCAAUCACUUGAUAGCUUUAGCAUACUACUUACAGGAGUGCAACGCCAAUGAGUACAGAUGCCGCAAUGGAAAGUGUAUCGAUAACAGCAAAGUCUGCAACUACGUCGUGGAUUGUCCCGAUGGCGAAGAUGAGGGCGAUGACUGCCCCGCCGCCUGCAGCGGCAUGGAGUAUCAAUGUCGCGAUGGCACCCGCUGCAUCAGCGUCAGCCAGCAAUGCGAUGGCCACGCCGACUGCAGCGAUGCCGACGAUGAGGAGCAGUGCGAUGGAAGUGAGUAUCAAACAGUCAAUCAAUCAUGCAAUCAAUCAGACAAUCAACCAACCAAUCAGUUUCAUCAAUUUGCCGAUCACACUGAACAUCAAAUUUGA